CGCCAAUAAAGAAGAAGAAGAGGCCCCGCCCCCUCCCAGAGUGGCGGAAGUAGUCCAGACAGAGGAACAAGGAGGCUGAUAGCAGCGACUGCUCCUGGACACCACCGCAGGAACUCCAGGAAUGGAGGAUGCAUUCCUCAACAUUUAAGCUCAGCAGCAGAUUCUCAGCUCCACCAGCAGGGGGCGCUGAGAGAGUACGACCUGAGGCCAGAGGCAGGACCGUGAGCAUCGGACCCACGGCCCGCCACCUGCCCAACCGACGCUAUGUGGAGAGGAAGCCGCUGUUCACCCAGGAGCAUCGGGCGUCCAUCAUGAAGAAGAGUCGUCCAGAGAAGGUUCAGGAGGAACCUUCAGGAGAACCCACCAGCAUGAAGCUCCAGGUCCCACGGUCACAGAACCCGCCCACAGAGAGGCUUGACCUGUCUCUACCUUCAGCCUCCAUAGGAGAACCCAGCUCAGACCUUCAGACCCAGCUGUUCUCUGGAGAACCAGCCUCAGGGUUAUCCUUCCAUGACGGCUCAGUUCUGGAGGGUCUGAACAUCCCUCUGAGGCCACAGCUGAGCUCCACUUUUCUUCAUCCAACCUCCACUCCACGCUCUCAGAACCACAGAGCGAGCCAGACCCGCCUCAGGCUGAGGGAGGAGAAGUGUACGAAGAACCAGGAGAGUUCCUACCAGAGGGACUACUGGGCCUGUGCGGUUCCCAAAGCUCCGCCUCCUUCUGCUGACAGAAGUUCCUCUACCUGGAACCCGAACCAGGAGUAUGAGACCCUGCUGGACUACACCUACCCUCUGAGACCGGGACAUGUGAGCAGCCAGCAGAAGGCUGACUCCCCACUGGGGACAGACGCCAACAUGCAGGACUCUGGGAUCGAACUGGACCAGUUCUGCAGCCUGUCAGGCUUGGAUCUCUCUGACACAGGAGGGGGAGGAGGGAGUGGAGGCUGGAGUUCUCCACCGGCAGAGGACCAACAGAACCUCCACAGAACCUCAGCUGGUUCACCCUCCUCCCUGUCGGAAGCCUUCAGAUCAGACCACAGUAAGGCCAGAACUGCAGCAGGCGGGGGCAGCAGUGAUGGUCCUGGCUAUCGGCAUCAUCCGGUAUCCCCCCUGUCCCCCUCCUCCGCUUUGAUUCAGUCCAGCUUGGUUCUGCCUCGGUCCGGCUGCUCAUCUGCAGCCAUAGAUGAAGACUUCUGGCCUCUGCCGGAGCAGCUGGAGGAGCUGCAGCAGCUGUCUAGACAGACGAGGGAGCUGACGGCCCAUCUCAGUCCCCCUCUCCCAGCCAGCUAUGGGUCUCUAGAGGACAUCUCCUCUUCCAUGGUUUCCUCCAUCACCUCUCCUCAGAACCGGGUCACUGUAGAACAGAAUCCAGAGGUUCUGAAGGACCAGCAGGAUGGAGGAGAAGGAUUUGAGACUUCUGCUCAGACAGCAGCGGGCGGUGCCAUCAGGUUCGGUGCCGGGCCGGGUCCAACCGGUCUCAGGGAGUGUUUGGGGAAGCAGCAGCUGGGUCUCUGCAGCCAGGAGCAUAAGGACUCUCUAAUGAAGCUCAUCCAGGUGUUCUGCUCACAGCUGGAGCUGCUCAUCCAGCAGCUGUACGGCCUAUCAGAGAGCAUGGAGAGGGCAGCUGCUCCUGCUGGGGACGUGGACAGCCUGAAGUCCGCUCUGGCUCACUAUCAGAGCUUCCAGAAGGAUGUGAGCAGCCACCAGCCUCUGACCUCCUGCGUUCUACAAGCUGGACAGCAUCUUCUGAGCAGCAUCACCGCCGUCGUUCCCUUUCUCAGAGACGCGCUGCUGAUGAUUGAGAGGCAGUCUGGAGCUCUGCAGACUCACUCAGACCUCUGGCUCUCCUCCAUCCUGUCUGCUGUGGACACCCUGGCUCCGCUCACUCACCGCAGCUCUGCUCUGCUCAGAGAAGAGAGGAACUCUGCAGGAACCUGAUCAGAGGCCUAUAGUCCCCGUCUGCUGACUGAUUCCUAACAGUUCUGACCGGACUGUAACCCUCAGCGCCUUGAUCUCCUCUGUUUCUAUGUGAGAACUCUGGGUCAGCUAUUGGACCACCUAUCAGCUGUCCUGCAUAGGAAGCAGGUCUAGAAGGACUGCCCUCUCAGGUCCAUUCCUCUAUUUCAGAAGCUCCACAUGGAUGGAUGUUCUAAGCCUUAAUUUCUAUUCAUUCUGAUGGAUUUCUGCUUUAACCAAUCAGAUUUCAGAAGAACAGAUGACAUCAGACCAAUGAAACCAUGUGGAUCAGAGCUCAGUGAUGCUGGUUUAAUUUAUCUGACAGAUUUCAGUUUGUUCACGUUAA